CUCAAAACUUCCUAUUUCGCAUCAUCCAGUUGUCAAAGCCGGACAUCAUUUAACCGCAACUUGAAUCAUUUUACCGACGUUGUGUGAAAUUUGAGCGUUAGUUGACUUCGCAACAUUGUGACGAUGUCGGGAGAAAUUUCAAUGAUUGGUUCGGUGAUCUUGGCCCUGUUUCUGGCUGGUUAUCUGGGCCAGCAGUACUUACCGCCCCCCAAACCCAAAGUGAUCGGCCUGGAUCUGGGCACCACCUUCUGCUCUGUCGGCCUCUUCCACCCGGGCAGCGGGGAGGUGGAGGUCUUAGCGGAUGAGGAGGGGAGGAAGAGCAUCCCCAGCGCCGUCUCGUUCACCACCAAUGCGGUGCUGGCUGGACAUGAAGCCGUGGAGCUGGCCGACAGCAACCCCCAAAACACCAUCUACGAUGCCAAGCGGUUCAUCGGGAAGGUAUUUGAGCCGGAGGUCCUGGAGCAGGAGAGUGCUCGGUACCCGUUUAAGGUGAUUAACAAUAAUGGAAGUGCAGAGUUCCUGGUCUCCACCAACCGUACCUUCACCGUAAGCCCAGAGUUCAUCGGCUCCAGGCUGCUGCUGAAGAUGAGGAAGAUGGCCGAGCGACAGCUGGGCGUGCCCAUCCAGAAAGCUGUCAUCUCGGUGCCCGCAGAGUUCGAUGAGAGGCAGAGGAACUACACCAUCAGGGCCGCCAACCUUGCCGGCCUCGAGGUCCUGCGUGUGAUCAACGAGCCUACGGCUGCAGCCAUGGCCUACGGCCUGCACAAGGUGGAUGUGUUCAAUGUGCUGGUGGUCGACCUCGGGGGAGGAACCCUGGACGUUUCUCUGCUCAACAAACAGGGAGGCAUGUUCCUCACCAGAGCCAUGGCAGGGAACAACAAGCUGGGUGGUCAAGACUUCAGCCAGAGGUUGCUUCAGUACACCACAGAGCGAGUCCGACAGGAGUUUGGCGUCCCACCCACUCUCAAAGAGGACAUCCACCAUCUCCGACAGGCCGUGGAAGCUGCCAAGCUCAACCUCACACUCCAACCCAGCGUCACCAUCAGGGUGCCCCUGCACCUUCACACCCACGGCAGCUCCGAGUCACCGGAAGCCCCCGCCCCCGCUCCCGCUCCCGUUCUCUUCCAGGCUGUGAUCACUCGCGAGCUGUUUGAGCAGCUCAAUGAGGACCUUUUCCAGAAGAUCCUGGCUCCUGUUGAGACCGUGCUGGCGGAGGGCCACGUGGAGAAAGAGGAUGUGGAUGAGAUCGUUCUGGUCGGUGGGUCCACCAGGAUACCGCGGAUCAGGAGGCUGAUCAGCGAGUACUUUGGGAAGCAGCCCAACACAUCCGUAGACCCUGACCUGGCUGUGGUUACAGGUGUGGCCCUUCAGGCUGGCAUCAUGGGCGGCUCCUGGCCUUUACAAGUGAGCGCAAUAGAAAUCCCCAACAGACACCUGCGCAAGACGAACUUCAGCUAAUCUUUAUCCAGGUCAUUUAUUAAGAUAAAAGUGAUGCCACAGAGACUUGCCGCUGAUUCCUGUUUUAUGCUUCUCUUAUGUGCAAAAUUUAAAUUCUGCUGAAGUGAAACAAAUGACCAACACACGGCGCUGUCGUCUGAAUGAAGACAAGCAAGAUACUCAGGUUUUUCCACUCAUCUUGUCUGUGAAAGGGGGCGGUAGUAGAAAAAUAAGUGAUGGUCAUGUUUUGAAACAUGCAAAAAUUGGUCUUUGAGGCGUAGUGAGUGACAUCAUCUGCAGAAGUGAAUGGCCUGUUUCUGGUUUUAAAGAGACAGACGCUUGUGUUGUGCACGAAGCUUCAGCAGAAAUACCACGGUGAGAAACUGAUGAAAUGUGAACCAGAAGCCUCUCACAGGGUGACGUCUUCUCUCAUGUAUCUACUGAUCCAUUCAGCUUCAUUAGUGAUGCUUAUUCGUGGUAGGUACUUAAAUGGUGUUCAAUUCAGGGAACAGCCGCUCCUUACUGGACUUAAAGACUAACCAGUACAUCAUCAGCUAUUUAUUUAUUUAUUCCCAAUAACUGUAUGGCUGUGUGUGUGUAUGUAUGUAUGCGUGCUGGUGUGUUGCAGGCCUUUAAUGUGUUUUUACAUCUUUCCAUCAAAGGCUGACAAACAGUGUGCCUGUUCAGAAAGCUGCUAUAUUGAAGUUUAGAGGUGAACUACUGCCCCCUAGUGGUUCAGGCAGAGAGCCUGGUCCAGGUCCCUGCAAUGCUUUGUCACAGUAAUGAUUUUGUGUCCGCUGGGAGUCAUGCAGACAGGAGACCUCAGGGUCAGGAUGCGGUUAUGCACAAUUAAUUUCAAACAAAUUCACUGCAAUAUAGACUACUCACCUCAUAAAUAAAGACGUUUGACGGUGGGGGUGCAGACUCUUAAUAGAUGAAGGUGCAUGUUGGAGAAAGCCUUAAUGUUCACAAAGUACUGUAAAUCGGAAGUCAUUAGCAUCGCCCCUCCCUUUGAAUACAAUACAGACUGCAUUAUUUGCAAGUUGGCAGAGGACUCACGCUCAGUGCUGCACUUUGAGGACUUACACUUGUUGGCAACUUUGCUUUUUGUGCAAUAGUGCUUAUUUAAAAGGCAAUGUCUGAUGUUUACUUAAACACUUCAGAUAUUUGUGCUGCAUAUCAGAGUUACAACCCAGAUUCCAAAAAAGUUGGGGUGCUGUGUAAAGCAUAAAUUAAACACAGUAGGAUAAUUUUGCUCAUGCUUUUUGACAUCAAACACAUGAUGGUAUAAAGGAUAUUACUACAUGGGCUCUGGAAAACUUUGUAAAACUGCUGCCAGUAAACAGCUUUUUUGGAAUCGGGGUUGUAGGUGCAACAGUUUGCUUUUGCUGCUGUAGCGAGAGAAGGUCAACUCUGGUAGUCCCACAGGAGGACCAAAGCACUGCUUACUGGUGCCUUGUGUUUUUCAUGCUGUAUUUGUGGUAACGUGAAAGAUAUUUAAUCAUUUUGUGUGAAGAAAAAGUGUUUCACCUGCUGUUGUUCUGAUGGGCAGGAGGCUGGUUAUUGUACACCAAGUAUGAAAGUUGAUUUCUGUAUCUAUUCCAAAAUUCUGUCUUUGGAAAACGUACAACCCAGAACUGUAUCUCUGAAGUACAGACGGUCCAGUGUCAUCGUUUCCAGCCAAGCACUAAACUUACCUGCAUUCCUUUUCAAAAAAACACAACUUGUUUUUGCCAAAUGUCAGUCAUGAGUAGGUGUGUUUCCUUUAUCACAUUUUCUUUUCCAAAUGUUGUAUUCCUCAAAUUUGAACCAAUAUUUUGUAUGUAAGACUUUAGUAGAGAUGAAGAAAAAUUGAGGCUAUGCUAUUUGCCUUUGAUACUGUGCAAAUCAUAAGUCCUUAUUGAAACAGGGAGAAAGAGAUUAUGAGACUAAGAUCUAUUUUUAUAUUACAUACCCACUGUCAAGAGUCCAGCCACCUAAAAAAUUACAAGGAAGUCAAACUGUGACUGCCUGCUUUUCAGCCAAUUAAACUCCAUUUUCAGCUUCUUCACUGUGUGCUUGUUUUGAGGAAAAGUUAAACUAGGUCCAUUUUGUUGCCCAUAUACAUUCAUGAAGUGCUUCACAUACUCACAUGCUGUAUUGAGAUCCUCCAGGUGCUCUUAAGGGGGACACUUACGUUUUCCUUUCCUUUGCUUCAAAGCCUUAUGAAUGUGACUGAACUCUAACACAAGAAGUCUGAAUCCAUACUAGCUUUCAUCAGUACAUAUAAUGAAUAAAAUAAGCCAUAUGUGGUUUGUCCAUUAAUUGUAGGAUUAGAGGUUUAAUCUCCAGCUCCUCAUGUUGCAACAUCUUUGAGCAAAACACUGAACUCCAACUUGCUGCUGAUGCGCGUGAAAGUAGAGACAAAACGGUUUGGAAUGGCUAAAAAAAAAAAAAAAAAAAAAGAA